UACAUAUAUUGAUGUAUGCUGAUUGUUAUCAAAUCAAUUAUGAAGCUUGAACCAGAUGAUCUUGAUGAAACUGUAGUAGCUUUAGAUCCUUAUAACUCUGACUUGAAUCUAGUUUUGAAUGCUUCACGUUCUGGCGCUCAACCACUCACAAAUGAAGGUUUUGCUUUUAUGUGGGCUGGAGUUCGUGCUACUCAUGGAUUCUCCAAAGGAAAAGUUUGCUACGAAGUGAAGAUUGUAGAACAUAUGAAUGUUUCACAUCUCCCAGAAGAUGAACCAAAUCCUCAUGUUGUCAGAGUUGGUUUUUCAGUUGAAAGCUCCACAUUACAAUUAGGUGAGGACCCAUUGUCCUAUGGCUAUGGAGGAACAGGAAAAAUAUCUACAAAUUGUCAAUUUAGGGAUUUUGGAGGUCCUUUCAUGGCUGAUGAUGUUAUCUUAGCUGUUUUGAACAUGGACACUGAUCCAGUACAGAUUGGAUAUGCAAAGAAUGGAAGGUUUUUAGGCUGGGCCUAUAAAGUAAAAAAGCAAGAACUUGAUGGACAGGCUCUUUUUCCUCAUAUUUUAACGAAAAAUACUUCAUUUGAAGUAAAUUUUGGACAAAAGGAUAAGCCUUAUUUUCCGUUACCUGAUAGUGUGAAAGAUUUUACUUUUGUAAACUGUACACCCAUGGAUCAAAGAAUCAAUGGAGCAAGGGCACCAAAGAAACAAGAUUGUGAAAUGAUAAUGAUGUGUGGACUUCCUGGAUCCGGUAAAUCUGUUUGGGCUGCUGAUUAUUCCUCCAAAAAUCCAGAAAAGAAAUAUAAUAUUUUAGGAACAAAUAACAUUAUUGAUAAAAUGAAAGUAAUGGGCCUUCCCCGUAAAAGAAAUUAUCAUGGACGAUGGGAUGUUUUGAUAAAAAUGGCCACAAACUGUUUGAACAAAAUGUUCGAAAUAGGAUCCAAAUUGAGAAGAAAUUAUAUUUUAGAUCAGACAAAUGUUUAUCCCACUGCACAGCGUAGAAAGAUGAGAAAUUUUGAAGGCUUCAGACGUAUUGCUUAUGUUGUUGUACCCACUGAUGCAGAAUGGAAAAGGAGAUGUGAUAAGAGAGACAGAGAAGAGGGAAAAGAAAUUCCAGAUUCUGCAGUCAAUGAGAUGAAAGCUAACUUCAAGCUUCCUGAGAAAAGUGACAUAUUUGAUGAAAUUAAUUUUACUGAGUGCCAAAGGGAAGAAGCUGAAAAAUUGGUUAAAAUGUAUAAUGACGAAGGCAGAGCUGUUACUGGACCUCCUCGUAAACAGUUUCGUUCAAAUGAACCCUCAGGAUUUGGAAAUCGAGGAUUUGAUUCAAACAAAGGUGACUUCAACCCGAAUAGCCCUGGACGUGGUGGAUAUGGAGGUCGUGGUGGUUAUGGAAAUAAUUCUCCUGGACCAGAUAGUCCAGGAAGAUUCGGAGGAGGUCGUGGUGGUUACGGUGGUAACCGAAAUGAAUUCGAUGGAAAUCGUGGAGGCAAUGACAGUCCAGGUGGUUAUGGCGGAAGUAGAGGUUUCGGUCGAGGCGGAUCUGAUGGUGGUCGAGGAAACCGUGGGGGGUUUGGUGGUAAUCGUGGUGGCUAUGAUAGCAACCGAGGUGGAUUUGGAGGAAAUAGAGGUGGUUAUGAUGGUGGUCGUGGGGGAUAUGAUCGAGGAGGCUAUGGUGGUGAUCGUGGAGGAUAUGAUGGUGGACGUAGUGGCUAUAACGGUGGCCGUGGCGGAUACGAUGGAGGUCGAGGUGGUUAUGAUAGAAAUCGUGGUGACUAUGAUAGGUAUGAUGGGGGGCGUGGCUAUGAUGAUAAUUAUGGUGACUAUAAUGGACAAAGAGGAUUUGAUAACAAUCGUGGAGGAUUUCAAUCUGGGCGUGGUGGAUACGAUGAAGGUCGUGGCAGGAAAAGAGGUUAUGAUGAUGGAAGAUUCGAUCACUCUCCCAGUGGAAGUGGUAGUCCUGGUGGCUAUGGCAGUAACUCACAAGGUAGUUAUGGUAGCUUUGGCGGUGAUUCUUCUGGUUAUGGUAGCAAUAGAGGAUUUGGUUCUUCCAGGGGUGGCAGAGGAGGUGGAGAUUUUGGAUCUCGAUCAUUUGGUGGUCAGGGAGGUAACAAUUAUCAAAGUAAUACUUCAUCUGACCAAUAUUCUGGCAGAUACAAUCAAGAUGACAAUUCCAGCUCCUAUGAUAAAGGAAAUUCAUAUGGAGGUGGGCAGCGUGGCAGAGGAGGACAAAAUCGUGGUGCCCCAAGAGGUGGUGGUCCAUCACGAGGUGGGAACUCCUCAAGAGGUGGGUAUGGUGGUGGUCGAGGCGGGUAUGGCAACAGUGAUUAUGCUCAAGAGUCAUCGAGCAGUUAUAGUAGUGGUUAUGGAGACUAUCAAAAUGAAUAUUCCAGUCAGCCACAAAGUGGGUAUAGGUCGAGUUCUGACACAUAUCCUAAAAGGGAUGCAGGAUAUGGCAGUGCACCCCAAAGUGGCUUCAAGAAAGAGCCUGGCACAGAAAGUGGAGGUUACGACAGUGGGUCUAGACUUAAUCAAGGCACUACUCGAGCAAGUGGCAGGACUAGUAGAUGGUCUGCUGCAGAACCAGCACAAACUCCGAGCUAUCCAACUCCACCUGCUCAAGACAGUACACCAUCAUACCCCAAGUAUGGAGGAUCACAAGUGAAAACUGAGCCCACAAGUACUGCUGGAUAUGAUAGUUAUUCUGGUCAAGCUUCCAGUUAUACAAGUUAUGGACAAACUCCAACAGCUGCUACAUCAGCAUACCCAGCUGCUGCUCAGACUUAUAAUUAUCAGCAGAGCACUGUAACUCCCCAGUGGUCAGCACCCCAAGCUGUCACACCCAGCACUCCAGCAGCACAAACCACUACUACUGAUCAGUCACAGUGGUCUCAAUACUACCAACAGCAAGCUUCUCAACCUAACCAGUACUAUAGUCAGUACUAUGGACAACCAGCUGCAGGAACCAAUCCUGGUUACUGAAUUAGCUGAAACCACAACUUACUGACAUCUUUAUGACGGACAUUAUUUCAUUCCUUGAACAGACGUUUAUCAUUACUUUUCAUUGACCUCUGUACAUUAAAAUUUUCAGUAAAAAAAAAAAACCUUUUUUGUUGCAUUGUUUCAUGUCGAUCACAUUAGAGCAAACAUUUUGUAAGCCAUUAGAAUAUGUUUGGAAAACCCCAUGUCCCAAAAGAGGUAUAUUUUUUAUAAAAUAAAUUAUUCAAACAGGACGGCUAGCAAAUUGAAAUGUGUCAUUCAACAAUUGUGCUCGAAAAAUGUAUCUUUUAAUCAUAGUUAUUCAUGUGACUUUAAUAAAUCUUAUGUUGUUAUUU